CAUGGUAGGAGGUGGUAAGUUCAAUGCCAGGAUCCUACAGUGGAAGGAAAGAACCAGCUUUUAAAAAAGCUUCUCUGAAUAGAACAUGUAGAUUUUGGCUCCCUUGCCACCCUUCCCAGGUUUUUAAUGUAGAAUCUGGGUGUGGGGGUCCUAUCAUCACUGUGCUCAUGGGUGUCCAACAAGAGCCUUCCACUUUGCAUCAUCUUCCCAGCCCCUAACGGUUUUGAUUCUUAGGUACUUGUUAUGUCAGGGAGAAUUUUUAGACAAACCUGAUGACCUUCCAUUUGAGAUGUUAGGUAACAUUUGAUCCCUCCCUCCUCAGUGUUAUCAGAAUUGAAGUGACAUUUGCUAAGACAUCUUUCAAAUCCCCUGAUAUCAAAACAAAACAAGGAACUAGUAUUUUCUAUGUCUGAAAUAUCUCCGGACCCACAUGUGUUUCCUUUCUCUCAGAGACAAGUUUUCCUUUCAAGUGGUUGAAGACACUGUCAGUGGAGUUCUCGUCAUUUUCCAGUUUGUAGUGGAUAAUCUGAUGGUGGCCACCAGAUCUGACAUGGGUCAAAAAUCACAAGAAUUACUGAGAGCCUGAAGCAUCCUCACACAUGAAUAUGUGCUCUGUGCGCGGGUCUCUGUGGGCGGGUAACACUGAUCUAGUUGUUGUACUUUUCUUUGAUUCUUAAUAGAGUAUAGUUUCAUGACCUCGAGGGAUACUGUAUACACAGAUUUAUACAUUCUUAAAGUAGUGAAUUUUUUUUUAAUUAAAAAAACGUGAUUGAGGGCCAAGCCCUAGAGACCAGUAGACACAGACUCUCCUGCAAGCACAAGCUCUUCAGUGCUCUCUGCCCUCUCGCCCUGCUUCAGCCUCGGGUACUGCCUCUAGGGGGCGCCGCGCGGUGCGAGCAGCGCUGAGGCGUGCACCCCUUUCUUUCACCUGCUCUCCACACUUGGCUUGGACGGCGCACAGCAAACCUGGGCUAGGCGUCUCUGAGCCAUCUCACAAGUGUCCCCAAGGCAGGAGAAGCACUCGCUGCGUCAGUUCCUGAGAGCGGAGCUCACCCUCAGUCUCGCUCGACCCAGGAAGAUCUUCCCCACGGAAAGGAGACAGCCACUUCCGGAAACCCUAGUUUCCGCCCAGGAAUCAGCCAGUGAAGUGCCAGGCCAGAUCUGUGCUAUAGAGAUUCAUCAGGCCCUGGUAGAUUCUCCUGGAUGUCAUCGGAGGCAGAAGCCAUCCUGGACACUUGGAUCUGUGGUAAUACGAGAGAGGACAGAGAGACUGAAUCUUUCCAGUUGCUGGAAACAGGAUUUGUUGAAACUUGGGGACACAGGAGUUUUCAAUGUGUGGACCCUGAAGAGAAAACAGAAGAUCUCAGAACAGCACACCUUUCCACAGUGCCUGUGCCACCUCAGUUCCCAAAGGGCUCAGGGAAGCUGUGCAAGAAGGUCUGGAUGUUCCUUGUGAUCACUGAUAUUUGACAGUCAGAAGUCUCCCCAUGGCUUCUUAUCACAUCCGACAGUAUGAGGAGAAGGACCACAAAAGGGUCGUGGAAUUGUUCUCCAGGGGCAUGAAGGAACAUGUCCCUGCUGCCUUCCGCCAUAUGCUGACACUGCCUCAGACUCUUCUGCUCUUACCUGGGGUGCCUGUGACCAUAGUGCUGGUGUCUGGCUCCUGGCUCCUGGCCACAGUAUGCAGCUUGCUCUUUCUCCUUUGCCUUUGGCUCCUUAUCAGGCUUGCUUGGAGAAAUUAUGUGGCUAGAAGUUUGCAAGCUGACCUGGCUGACAUCACCAAGGCUUACCUGAAUGCGCAUGGCUCUUUCUGGGUGGCUGAGUCUAGGGGGCAGGUGGUGGGCAUGGUGGGUGCUCAGCCAGUCAAGGAUCCUCCAUUAGGGAGGAAGCAGCUGCAGCUCUUUCGCCUGUCUGUGUCCUCACAACAUCGAGGACAGGGGAUAGCGAAAGCACUGGUCAGAACUGUCCUGUAUUUUGCCCGGGACCAGGGCUACAGUGAAGUUGUCCUUGAGACAAGCUGUGUGCAGUAUAGUGCUAUGGCUCUGUACCAGGCCAUGGGCUUCCAGAAGACAGGCCAGUACUUUGUCAGCAUAACCACCAGGUUAAUGGGUCUUUCUGUCCUUCAGUUCACCUACUCUCUCCCUUUUGCUUGGGGACCAGGGAUGUGAUCCAUUUUUCUUUGUUUGUCUGGGUGACUCCAGUUCACUCUGCUGUAGGAACAAGCCAUCCCUCACAGUUUCCUGCUACCAAUCCUAAGGGCUCCCUUUCCAUUCCUUUCAGAUGUAGCCAUGCAGUAGAAGACCUGUGAGUGUUUGCUACCCACUCCAUUCUGCCUUCUUAAGUGUCUCUCUUUCGUCUUUCUAGUGCCAUGAUAAGAUAGCACAAAACCCAACUGACCUGAUCCUGCACCCAUUUCACUUAAGAGUCAGUUAGCUAUCACUUUUAGCUCUGUGGUCUCAAGACCUCAAGGCAAGCGACCUUGCUCAGCUAAAGUUCUAGCAGCUCAAACAGGAUUUAGGAUCUUUGCAGAGAAGCUAAAGUGAACUCAGAACCAAGGCUUUUCUGACACACUGAACUUGUCGAUUCAUGAAAUAUCUAAGACUUGUGUAGCUGGAGCCUCCACUGGUAGAGGCACUGGACAGUCAUUGGUCACGGUGGCUGUCCCAUGAGAACUGGAGCAAUGAAGCAUGUAAGUUAUUCCUAAGUCACCUUUGUGCAGAGGGAGGAAGGGAAAGAGUAAUUUGAAGAGCCUCCCC